GAACGCUCCGUGGAACAUCAAUAUCGAGACCAAGCCGGGAGAUUGGCGCUCCCUCACGAUCUACCAGUUGCUUACGGAUCGCUUUGCUGACGGCGAUCCGCGCAACAACGAGCUCCAUUCCGGAGGUUUCGACAUCCGAGAUAUGACGUACAGGCAUGGUGGUGAUUUUGUCGGCCUCAAGAACAAGCUUCCCUACAUCAAGGGACUAGGCUGCGAGGCCAUUUGGAUCUCUCCAAUUUUUCAGAAUGGACACAACUUUUACCAUCAGUAUGCGAUGCUCGACUUCACGGUGCUGGAUCGCAGGUUGGGCACCUUGCAGGAGCUGCGGGACCUUGUCAAUGCCGCCCACGACCUGGGCAUCUAUGUGAUCAUCGAUGUUGUGAUGAACCACAUGGCCAACGAGUUCUACUUCGAAGGCCACAAGACAAGUCAGGCACCGUGGAGGUUCCACGAGGAUGGAGGGCUCCGGGAAUAUUUGCUGAAAGCAAGAAAAGAGGAAAGCGGACUUUUUGACACUCCUGCCGGCAAGCAACCAUACCAGGACUUCUGGUACGACAAUACAUGGGUGUCUGAUGCCAAGUACAAUGGCACCCUCUACGGGCAAUAUGGGGAAUGGGUGGUGGAUGGAGGAUCUGGCACCUAUGAGGAGUCAGACUUCCAUCACAACGGCGACCUUCUAGACUAUUUCGAUCCCUGGCAGAUCAAUUAUGGCAAGAUCUACGGUGUCAUGGAUGACCUUCGGUUGGAGCAUGAUCGUGUCCAGCAGAAGUACAUCGCCAUGACAAAAGCUCUGAUCGAGAGCUGUGACAUUGAUGGCUUCCGAGUGGACACGCCAAUGCAAGUUCCUCUGAACUUCUACAAGGUUUGGACUCCGGCGAUGCGAGACCAUGCUAAGUCCCUCGGGAAGGAGCGAUUCGGGAUCUUUGGGGAGUUCUACGUGACGCCCUCGCGGUACGCAACAAUGACUGGCAGAGGGCGUGAUAGCACGAUGUAUGGACAAGAUGUGUUCAUCGAUGAUAUAUCCACGAUGAAAGGCGGCAUUGUGUAUCCGUACUAUUGGUACAUUUUCACAGCAAUGGUAUACAAAGAUGCAUCGUAUGCUGAUGGUUUGGUGAAGGCCUAUGUCGAAGAGAAGAAAAUGAUUGACACCUAUGACCCCACCACUGGGCGAGACGAGUAUGCCAUGUGGACCUUCUGUAAUAACCAUGACAACUGGAGAUUGCAGUCGAUGGUAAGCAAGCGAGCAUUCCACAUGUGCCUUGCCGUCAUCACCUUUUGGCCUGGCAUUCCUUUGCACUACGCCGGAGAUGAACAAGACUUCGACACCCCAGGAAGUGCAUUGGAUGGAUGGGCGCGCGAGGAGCUGAGCACGUCACUGGCGUGGCAAGCAGUUCCUACGCGGCCAGAAGGAAACCCAGCAGACGGCGACAACUUUGACAUGAGUAGCGCUUCCUACCGAUAUAUUGCUCGCUUGAAUGCCUUGCGGCGUGCAUACUUUGGCGACUUUGGUCAAGCUGAGUGUGAUGAGAUCACGGCACCAAAUCCCCAGAUUUCUGGGGUUCUGGUUUUUGAGCGGGGCUGCAGCAGUGACAGCAAAGUCUUGGUCAUUGCCAGCUUUGACACGGUGAGCAACAAAACCAUCCGAGUUCCUGUUUCCUGGCCCAGUGGAACGCAGCUUGCUGACUCGCUGGCAAUCACUGAUCCACUGAUGCUCAUCGUCAGCCAACGCCGUGACAUCAGUGUCAUGCUGGACCCCUUGGCUGCUGUUGUGCUGGUACCCAUUCCAGUGUAUGGUGUUCCGCCAAUGGUCACGGCUGUUUCUCCGUCGCAUGGCUCCACUGCGUCUUGGUCUUCCUCCGGAUAUCAGAACGUGACUCUUCGCUUCGAUCGGAUUAUGAAGCCCUCCGUGAUCAGCGCUGCACUGUGGGAUGGGCAGCCCGCCAACUUUCGCUGUACUGCUGAUUGUUCAGAGAUCGCUUUGGAGCUGGAUAUGGCCACCGUUGAUGAUGGCUUCCAUACGGUAGUCAUCGAAAAGAGGGCCGCAGCUCUGGAUGGUCCGCAGCUAUACGUAGACUUCAGCUCUACUUUCAUGGUGGACCGCAGCAUGGGUGCAAUCGCCAAGCCCCGGCAGCACCACAUGUCCGGCCUGAUUUGCUCCAACUUCACCCAACUCUGCCACAACGCCACAGGUGCUGACUGGUUGCGAGUCAAGAAUGUUGGUGGGGCAUGGUCUGAAUGGCGGGCAAUGGAGGCGGUCAGCGACUGGCAGAGUGUUCCAGGAGAAGCUGUCCUUGUGCAGUAUCAUGCCCAUGGAAGUGCCAGCUUUGUUGUUGGUGACUGCAUAGGCUUGGAAGCGCCUUGCUUUGCUUCCUGGCACCAGUCCAUGAAUUUGCGCGGCGAAUUCAACGCAUGGGGACAAGCCGAGAGUGGCGGCAUGGUGAAGAUUGGCCACUAUACCUGGGCGACCAACUUAACGCUGGACCGCUUCGUGAAAGCGAAGUUUGCGCCUUACCAGGAUUGGGCGGUGUCGUAUGGCAUCCAUCCACCGAGGGAGCUGCUUUACAACAUGCCCUCGUUCGAUGACAGGUACCACACCUUCAGCGUGGAGCCCACCAUGUCGGGCUCCGAAGCCAGCCGCGAGUGGAUGGAGGAGCGGAGCUUCUGGACGCCGCAGCAGAGUGUGGCAUCAGGUGCAGAAUUCGCCACGGAGAUUUGGCUGAACCACAUGUGCACUGCGGUGUCUCCGGAGUGUCAGCCUGCAGAAGAUCCGCAGUGGGAAGGCCAUGGCUUCAAGCCUGGCCAAGACCAGGAAUGGUGCCGCACGGCGGGGGUGCAGAAUUGCGUGGAGUACAGAGAGAACGACAACUCAGAAGCAAUGAGCAAUUGCGGCGCCUUCGCUUGUUGCAGGAGAAAGGUUAGCUCUGUGCCACGUGGUGACGCGGCCACUUGUUGCGUUCUCUUCAAUGACCUCCUCCUGAACUACACAGUAACCUCGGACUUGUCCAAGUGCUCGCUGUUUGGGACCACGCUGACGACCACGGUGCCUCUGAAGCUGUGCGAGCCCGCCAGCAUCGAUCUCGAGUCCGCCCGGGCUGCAGGUAGGACUCAGCCUUCCCCCUACGAGCCGGAUGCAGCCGAGAUCGGCAAAACGCUUCACUGGAGCCGAGAUCGCAUCGUGGAGGCCGAGGAGGACUUCCGCGCCUCGGGCGCUCAGCGCCUGGCGUCGCCCAGCUCGUGGAGCCAGGAUGUGGCGUACAGCAUCCUGGUGGACCGCUUCGCGAACGGAGAUCUCACCAACGACGAGGUGAACCUCCCGGACUUCCAGGUGGCAGAGCUGAAGAGCGGCCAGCCUUGGUCCAUCCACCAGUGGCGACAUGGAGGAGACCUGCAAGGAGUCAAAGGACGUCUGACUUACUUGAAGCAACUUGGGGUUUCAACCGUGGUGUUGUCCCCAAUCUUCCUGAAUGCUGCUGGCGAGUAUCAUGGGUUCUGUACUUCAGACAUCUCCAAGAUCGAUUCCGGCUUUGGGAGCCCGGAGCUGUUGAGGGACUUGAUUGAAGAUGCCCAUGCGCUGGAGAUGCGAGUUCUGCUGGAUGUUCAAGUCAACCAUGUUUGUGCGAAGGGCAUGAAGUACAAAACUACUCCAGUAGUGGAGCAGGUCAGCACGUGCAUCAAAGAGACGGAGAUGGCGUAUUGGGGCAUAGAUCGGGACUUCCCCUUCAUACCCAGCGAAAGUCGGAAGCACUUGGAAUGGGGAGACCUGCCGACAUAUUUGCAGCAUGACUCGUUCUUCAUCAGAUGCGGUCCCAAGGCGAUGUACAGGCCCAAUAGCGUGGACUUUACGAAGCUGGGUCUGCAAAAUGUGACUGCCAUCGAUGCAGGCUUCACAUUCCCAGAGUUUUUCUCGGAUACCUACUUUGAGCUCAAUACCAUGAGCCCUGCGCUGCAAGAGCUGUACACAAACUUGCUGAAGUACUGGAUAGCAUUUGCGGAUGUUGACGGAUAUCGGAUCAGUGCUGCGGCUCACAUCACUGCCGACUUCUCUGCUUACCUAGCAACCAACUUGCGCUUCUAUGCAUCAGCUCUUGGAAAGGACAAUUUCUUUAUAGUCGGGGAGGUGCCACAGGCCACAUCGCCAUUUGGCUUCAUGCAGGUAGGCAAGGUUCAGCCUCCUCAAGGGCCCGCCUAUUUGCCCAAGAAGGUUCAAGGAGUCAUGGACACUAUGUGUCCGUACUACAGUGCUCUUUCGCCUGCCAAGCCUGGGUUGCUGUCCAGCUAUCCUUCGCAGGAGUCCUUCCUCAUUCGGGAGAUUGCUGGCGGAUCAUCAGAACCUAUGGCGUUGUACGAGCGAUCUGAUUGGUAUGAGUCCGUGAUGAGAGGCCGCCACACGCUUGAGACACAGGCCGAUAUUAGUCUCAACAUGAUCUCCGCAGAAACCAAGGACACUCCUCGUUUGCUGUCCCAGCAGGGCGGGCACCAUGCCCAAGAUGUGUGGCGCUUGCAGGUGGUCUUGGCUUGGAGCUUCACGUGGUAUGGCAUCCCCGAGAUCUACAACGGUGCCGAGAUGGGAUUCAAUGGCUUGUGUUUCCAGGAUAGAUCGGAGAAAGAGCGCAUGCAGGCGAGCAUGAUUGAGGCGGGUAUUGAACAGGAGGUGGUGGAGACGAUCCUGGGUGGAUGCGACUACACCGCUCUCGCCAACAUGAUGGAUUCCGGGUUCUGGCGUCAGGACAUGUUCUCCUCUGGCCCAUUCAGACUCGGAUCUGCAGUGCCCAGCGUCCAAGCACAGGCCGGCAUGGAGAAGAAGUUGCAGGGCUCCAACAGCCCGCACUGGUGUGAGGACCCGCUUCUGGAUCGCAACAACUCGCUGUACCAUCUGACGCGGGCGCUCAUUCGGAUGCGCAAGGCCUGUGUCCCCCUGCAGUCGUCGCUGGACUUGCCAGCCAAGGCGGUUGAUGGCCACCAGGAGAUGGCCUACUGGAAGCUUCCGAAGGAGAACACCACGGGCGAUGAGCCGCGUGCCAUGCUGGUGGUUCUGAGGAUGGUGGAAACGCCCAGCCUGGAGUAUUCCAAGUACGCCUUCCCCGAGAUGGCUCAACCCUAUCCCGAGGGCCAGGCUUUCGUGGAUUUGUUCAACCCAAAGCGCCUGGCCAUCGUCUUCCGAAGUUCCAACGCCAGCUACCUCAUGGUCCCCCAGAACUUGGACACAAGCCACAUGGCCGUCUUCGCGCCCCUGGGCGCCGUCACCGAGGAUUCCACUGGGUUUUUGGUGUGCAAGGGCGUCACCUUGCCGCCUUUGGAGGAGUACAGCUGCGAGUCCCAGAGUUCGUGGUUUCCUCUUUGGGGCACCCUGACCACCACGGUGGUCUGGGCACUGGCGCUGGUGGCCAUCUUGUGGUUCAAUGCCCAGACCAGUAUCUACCUUAGCGUGGUCAUGGAGCCAACGCCGCCGUCCAUCUGCCAGCCCGCCGGGCUCCGAGUGGAGCCGCACCAUAUUUUGGUGGCGGCCAUCGAGCACACCAUCCCAGAGAGGAACGUGAAGGUGAGCGCGGGAGGCCUGGGGAAGGUGCUGGAUCAAAUGCUCCGUGAGCACCCGCCUGGCACCAUGAGCCUGGUGCACCCCAUGUUUGGCGACGUGGACUACGGGCCAUUGGACGAGUUUACGCGAUUCACCAUUGUGGUGGAUGGCAAAGAUCAGGAGAUUGUGGUGUACACCAUGCAGAGCGAGCAGAACGGGAUCAACCGCGUGUGGUACAUCCUCAGCCACGAGCUGUUCCGCGAACGUGUGAAAACCGCUCCUUACCCGCCCUCCAUGACCAAAGUGCGGACCUUGCGCUACUUUUCCCUGUGGAACCAAGCGGUCGCUCUGCUCCUGAGCGAGCUGAGUCCAGAUGUGUAUCACUGCAUGGACUAUCAUGCGGCGAUGGCGCCUCUCUACUUGUCCCCCGAGAAGCAAAUUCCCAUCAUUCUGGUGCUACACAAUGCUGAUUACAUGGGAGUCGUAGAGACAGAUUUCAUUUGUGACCGCUUCUGGAAGACGGUGAGCUCCCUGCGCCGCCUGAGCCUCAUCUUCAACGUGGAGAUCUCGACCAUUCGCAAAUACUGCAUGUUUGAGGGUCGCUUCAACAUGCUAAAGGCUGCAGUGACGUACAUCCGCGAGACGCAGGCUGGGCACGGCAUUUGCGGGGUGGCCUACAACUAUGCGGUGGAGCUGAAGCGGGAGAAGACGCUCUUUGCCGGGCUGCCCCACCUCAUUGCGCUGGAUAACGCCACAGAUCCUGCCGAGGGUGAGGAGGCCAUCGACCAACUGCGCGCCAAGCGCUUCGAGGCGAAGGCGGCGUUGCAGCGGCAUUGCGGCCUCGACGAGGAUCCGGGGGCGAAGAUCUUGAUCUUCAUCGGGCGCUGGGUGAAGCAGAAAGGCGUGGACCACAUCGCGAUGCUCACCCCCGUCUUUCUGCGCACCCAUCCAGAGGUGCAGAUCGUACUGGCAGGACCCCCCGAUGACUCCUGUGGGCUCUACGCAGGCGAACUGCUGGCCGGCCUUGGGGACGAAUUCAAGGGGCGCCUGUUUGUGUGCACGAAGUUCUUCAAGCUUCCAGAAGAACUUCGUCGUGGUGCGCACUUGUGCUUCACUCCAUCCUGUUCCGAGCCUUUUGGCUAUGUGGACGUGGAGUUUGGCCUUCUGGGUGUCCCUUCGGUUGGCUGCGCCAUUGGAGGUCUUGGCAAGAUGCCUGGGGUCUACUUCCGGCAGCAGAACUCGGACGAUGCCAAGAGCCUCAUCGACUCCUUCUUCUGCGCCGUGGACUAUGCGCUGAACUUGCCUGAGAGCGACUACUGGGAGAUGGCGCUUGCAGCGACCACCGCAGAGUUCCCAUUUGACACCUGGCGAGAGAAUCUCAUCGGCGCGUACACGGAAGCGAUCACGAUGUUCCGAAGAUCCGAGGGCUUGUCCCUCACUCUGAACCACCUGUGGGUCAGAAAAGGAGCCACCAAGGCGGUAGAAGAGGCAAUGGCCCCGCGCAAAGACACCGCCCUGCGGCGAGUGUCGUCAACUGCCCAGGUGGCUCGUCAAAUGCAGGUGCUGGACAUUGAUGAUGAUGCGGAGUUCUUGACACAGGGGGUGAGUGAAGAGCGUGUGGCCGAGAUCAUGAGGCAGGCUAUGGCCAACCGCGGGAAGGUGAAAGAUGCAGAAACCUUGCAGAGCUACAUUUGUCAGGCCGAGCAGCGGCUGACGGAGAAAAGCCCUCUGUCUGUGUGGCUGAUGAAGCCUUUCCUUCGUGGCCUUUGUUUGCGUAUUCACGCGGUCAUUGCCAUGGGCUACAUAUUUUCGCCGGUCGGAGAGGCGCUCUUGAAGACGGUGGAAAUGCGAGCGCUGACCAACUCGGGGGUCUCCGAAUCUGCUUUGUGGUCGGUAUUCUACGGAGGAUCGGCAGUUGGGUGCGUCCUUUGGCUGUUUUUGUCCGGUGGCAUCCCGCCCAACCUGCUCAUGGCAAGCUCGCAGCUGAUGAGUCUGCUCUUCUUCGUCCUGGUGCCUGCACUGCCUGAGGAGGUCUUCGAAUCUCCCGUCGUGGCACUGACUUACUUGGGGCUUUGUGGAAUUCAGAGUACGUCUCGCUUGCUGUUCAUCAUCUGGAACUUCAACGAAGACUUCCACGGAGGCUUUCAAGUGGCAGCGAAAAGAAUCGGAGUUCUUGAGAGCCUUCGCUCCGGCGUGGCCUGGAUUGCGGUGACCUUGAGCUAUGCAGGACUGGACUACAUCAACAAACAGGUGGUGCUGAUUGUGUCGCUGGCUUGCCUAGUUUUGCUCUUCAAAGCACCCCACUGCUAUGCCUCAUAUGUCCUUCCUUCCACUGGAAUCUUGGAAGGGCUGACCCACAAGUCCUUCAUCAUGCUGGUGGUGGCAGAGGCCCUGAACACCUUAGCCUCCUACCCUUCCCAGUCCUUCGCGCAGUGGUGGACCUUGAACGGCUGGAAGCCGUCGGAGAUCAGCUACUUCGCUCUGUCUGUGGGCUUGGUGGGUCCCAUCGCUUUGUCUCUGAUCUUCUCCAUGCUGAUGCGGAUGAACCGCUGGGGGCCCUGGGCCAUGCGCGACUUCAGCUGCCUGCUGCCGCCCGGGUCCUUGCUUCGAGCGCUGUGUUUGUGGGACUUGGGCUAUCUCAACUUCCGUUCGGAGGUCUUCGUGGUUGCCAUCCUGGUGUCUGUGGGCUUGGAUGUGGCACGAGGAGCGGCGGUGUGGUGUUCCAUCAUGACCAUCCUGGGGAACAAGUGGUAUGCCCUGAAGGGCUGCUUUCUGUGCCUCACGCUGAUCUCCAUUUGCGCUGCUCUGUCUCCCAUGUUGGGACACUGGAUUGCCAUGGCUAUGACCAGGACUUCGCCCUUGGUUGACACCAAGACGCUGGAUCGCCCAAUCUCUGGAAAGGGAUCUCUUGGGGAAGCCACUGCUUGGGCCGUUGUGCCCUUGGCUGUCAUGGCCUAUUUUUUCCAGCUCUUGGCAUGGCGAUACUUCAAUGGCGACAUUCUGACCUUCAAGGGUCAUGGGAACAUUCUUCCGGAUGGGAGCCGAACCGGUGCUGCUUCAUACAUGAAGCGCAUUUCGGCCACCGAGACCAAGCAGCUCAGCAAGACCUAA